CCAACAAAACUUGCUGUCACCGAACUUAUUUCUCUAAUACUGAAGCUCUAGACAACAUUUUAGAGAAUAGAGAUGAUGCCUUCAAAGGCAAAGAAGCAAUCAAAGACACCUUCCCGUCCAUCAAGUUAUGAUCCAUCAGCGUUCCCACGAACACCGUCGGUGAUAUCCUUGUCGUCAGAAGUUAGUGAAGAAGAUCCCUUGAAGAGGCUUCUAGUCGGUAUCCUUCUCUCAUCGGGAAAUCUGCUUUCAUUGGGCGUGUCAAUGAUGUUGACAUAUUCAUAAUCCAGAGCGAGGCUGUAAAAUUUGGCUUUCUGAAACUUCCGUGGUCGCUGCUUCCCUUACAUCCGGUUCUAUUGUGUCUGUAAUUUACUGUCCUCGUCUUGAUGUUGAAUUGUCAAAAAUUCCAACUUUUCUGAAAUUUUUCCUGCUGAUUUAUCCUUCUUAUCUUGUUCUUAGAUCUCACUUGCUGCUUUGGACAAUAAAAUUUCAGACACCUU